GACCGAACUGUCGCUGCCAUACAGCUCUUGUUACAGUACUUGUAGACAUUUUGUCGGCUCAGAAAAUUAUGGACGGCAUUAAACUCAGGGAAUGGUACUGCUGAGGUAGUUGAGAAGCCAGAAGACGUCGGCAUUUACGGCCAAAUCUUUACAAAUAUCCAGAGGAAGGUGACUGAUAAGCUCCCAUCAUGCCUUUGGUGACGCGAAACAUCGAACCAAGGCACCUCUGUCGCCAGACACUGCCAAAUACGAUCAAGAGUGAACUGGAGUGUGUGACCAACAUCACACUUGCCAACAUCAUUCGCCAGCUCGGAUCACUUAGUAAGUAUGCAGAGGAUGUGUUCGGCGAACUGUUUAUUCAAGCCAGCUCGUUUGCCGAACGGGUCAACACGCUGGGAGAGAGAGUGGACAAGCUGCAGGUCAAAGUCACCCAGCUGGAUCCUAAAGAAGAGGAAGUUUCUCUUCAGGCAAUCACCAGCCGCAAAGCCUUCCACUCCAAUUUCAUCCAGGAUCAGCAGCUCUUCAUUAGGUUGUCACUACCACAGCCUAUCCACGAGACCUAUCUGACCUGCAAUGAGCCACCCCCCCUCAAUAACCUGAGCUGUUACAGGGAGGAUGGUAAGGAGGCUCUGAAGUUCUACACUGAUCCGUCUUAUUUCUUUGACCUUUGGAAAGAGAAAAUGCUUCAAGAUACCAAGGACAUUAUAAAAGAGAAACGCAGGCACAAGAAGAAGAAAGACGACAACCCUAAUCGAAGGAACUUGAACCCUCGCAAAAUCAAAACCCGCAAAGAAGAAUGGGAACGCCGGAAAAUGGGGGAGGAGUUCGUUGUACCCAAAAACGAUGGCAUGGGUAACUCCACAGAAAUGUUGAACGGCAGUAUUGGCUCUGGUGAUGAUGGCUUUAAUCACUCUGAUGGGUAUUUGGACCAAAGCACUAACUCCUACAGCUAUGAUCCCGGCUCUCCUCUCCCGCCUCCAAUGCAAGAGGACUUCCCACCACCACCACCUCCAGACAUACCGUCUAAUGAAUCUGGUGGUGCGCCUCCAAAGCGUAACAGUCUUUUAAGCCCCAGUCAUCCUCCUCCAGCUCCACCAGCGAUGCCUUCCUCUCCAGGCCGUCCAACUGUGGCUCCUCCUCUGGCGCCGCCACCACCUCCACCUCCCGGUGGCAUGAUGCCACCUCCACCACCGCUAGGUUUUGAUUCACCCCCCUCUCCUCCUCCAUUCUCCAACAAUUUUGCAUCUGUCCCACCUCCACCACCCAUGGAAUCCUGUAUUCCAGCUCCUCCUCCACCACCCAUGUCAGGUGGACCACCUCCUCCUCCCCCUCCACCUCCUCCUCCAGGUCCUCCUCCACCCUCUGCUCCAGCCCCGCCUCCCUCAGCAGGAGGUCAUGCUCCCGCCGCACCCAAAGCCCAGCCUGCUCCAGCCCAGGGUGACGCUCGCAGUGACCUUCUUUCGGCCAUCCGUCAAGGAUUUAACCUGCGUAAGGUGGAGGAACAGCGAGAGCAGGAGAAGAGGGAUCACAUGGGCAAUGAUGUCGCAGCCAUCCUGUCCCGCCGCAUUGCCGUGGAGUGCAGCGACUCCGAGGAUGAUUCAUCCGAGUUUGGUGAUGAUGACUGGUCUGACUAAUGCUAUCGUCCCGCUCUUCAUCACCUGUGCUAUGACAUUAAGAUCAUUCCUUUUAGACCUCACACUUCUCAUAUUACCCGUUUACCUGCAGUGAGGCCAAAAGCAAAUAAGGGGAAGCGGGCCAAAUAGUGUGUGUUUGUGUUGUGUGUCUGUGUGUGUCCAGAGUCUAAUCUAAAUGAGAGAGUGAAUUAUUUAGUUGAUAAGCCUUCUCCUGUUUCAGAGCGGCUGUGCCUCUGUAUAAUGUGGCCAAAGGUAAACCGAGACUGUGUGUGUGUGUGUGUGUGUGUGUACUUGUGUGUAUGUGCUUCCAUAUUUUCCUCUUUAUGCAUCAGUAUCGUUUUUGUUACAAUCCCACGAUUUAACAAUACUCUGUAUAACCUAAUCAACUAAAGCCUUCCUUACAUCCAAGACAAGACACACUUUAUAAUGCAGAUAUUUAAAAUAACAAGAUGUGUGUCUAUGAUAGUUCUUGCGCCUUGUUGGAUGAAAUAACCUUUUAUUCCAUUGUAACGCAUAUCCACACGCUCCAUGACCAAAAGUCGUUAUCUGUUUAAAUGGCAUCCGGCUGUGUCCGUACGGUUUCGCAGCCUUCAGGUCUGACUGAUGUAGUUUUUUUUUCUUUGUUCAGCCCAAGUGCCUGCUUCAUAAUGCCUGUUGUUUUAAUGCCAAAGUUUUAGAAAUUAUGCAAGAUUUUUUUGAAAUCAAAGAAAAGUUUUAUUUGAUGUAUGUGGGUAAUAAUUACGAGAAUUUUCUAUCAGCAACUGAAUAAAAAUCUUAAAUAUAUAAA